ACCAAGAGUGGUAACCCCGAGCUACACUCGGGCUUACCAUGCGGCGUUUCUCAGGGAGUCCCUGCAGCACUUACCUUGUCCUUCGCUCCCACGAUGUGUCCCCUGCAGUGUCCCCGACCAUCUCCUCCGGCCGAUGCUGGCAUCCGGCUUCCGUGUUCCGGUCCCUGUGACAUACGGGCGCCGGAACCGGCGGCAAAUUUGAAAUUUUUUAAAAAUUUCAUUUUUUCAUUUUUUAAAAAUGUGCUUUGUCCUGUGCCGUGCCUGCAUUUUGACUGUUCUUUC